AUGAUAACAUCGUUACGGCAAAAUGAAAUAGACAUCGCAAUUGGCUUGACCGAAGGCUGGGUUGCCGGUCUAGUAGGCAAACCACAGCUAGAAAAGGGUGAGAAGGACGGUGGAUAUAAAAUUGCUGGUCAAUGGGUUGAAACUCCCUUGAGGUGGGCAAUUGUGACUGGCCACGAACGGGGUGACAUUCAUAGUGUCAGCGACCUAAAGGGAGGACGGGUUGGAGUAUCUCGCUUGGGGAGUGGCUCUCAUAUUAUGUCCUUUGUUCUCGCCCAGCAGCAGAACUGGCCGUCCUCAUCACCCCUUACUCCAGCCAUCCUAGGGCCGUUCCCUUCCCUACGAGACGGAGUAACAGGCUACAACCCUCAAGAACCAGAGGCUCAACCGAACCCAUCAGCAGAUUUCUUCAUGUGGGAGCAAUUCACUACAAAGCCGUUCUUUGAGCCAACUCCGGCUUUUCCAACACCGCCCCUUAAAAAGAUUGGAGAGAUAUUUACCCCAUGGCCUUCAUGGCAGAUUGCAGCUUCAACCUCUACGUUCCCUUCACCGGAGUCAGAUGCCCGACUCACACAGCUAUUCGCCCUCCUAGAUUCUGGUAUUGCUGCUUUCCAAGCGGAGACAGAUAAAGUUAUUCAGCAGCUAGGAACCGGCGAGUUUGGCUGCACUUAUUCAGAGUCCGACGCAAGGGAAUGGCUCAGGGAUGUCCGUUUUGUAAAAGGAAGCACAAGAGGAGUUGAUAAAAAUACGAUUGAGAAUGUAGUCAAUGUGUUGAAGACUGCGGGUGUGGUUCCCCAAGACAUCAGCAACGAUGAAGCAGUGGAAAGAGUCGUCGGCAUUCCAGCUAGCCAGUAA